AUGCGCGAAUGGGAAUCCGACCCGCAUUUCGCGGCGGCCGAGGUCGUUCAAGACUCCGCCGAUCGGAUGGAGUCUAUAUUUCGCCUUCUUUUGCAUGAGCAAAGUCUUGUUCAUGAGCAUCCUAUGGACGAACAACUUCUUAGCUCCAUUGAAUGUCAUAAGCGAGAUCUUUCCACAGCCAUGGAAACAGCAAAAUGGCAGCUCGAAGACUUUGAGAGAGAGGUUAAUUUGGCCGACAAGUUUCAAUUGGAUAAUAAUGUGAUCCUAAGGCACGUUAAAUUUAUUGGAGCCAUCAGGGAACAAAUAAUCCAUGUCGAACAAAGCAUGGAUGCAUCAUUGGGAAACCAGUCGAGGAAUAUGAACUUGAAUGAGCAUGAUAGGGAUAGGCUGGAACUGUUUCUCACGGGUGAAAUUCCCGUUGAACACAUGGCGGGCCAGGACUCGGCGGAUGAUAAUAUGUUGAGAAGGUUUCUCGAUCCAGCCACGUCAUCAAGUCCGAGGAAGUAUAUCGAUGAGAAUAAUGUUGGUGAAAUUGUAAAUUUGAAUGCGGACGAGAUUUCAUACCGAGACCGUAAUAAUAUGGAGUUGAAGAAUUCUCUAGCAGAAAUGGAUUUGGGACCUUCAGUUUCUUUUGAGGGAGCUAAUACAGGGAUGCACGCCGAAGAAGGGACAUGGGAUUUGGAAGCCAAUCAUGCAAUUGGUAGAAGCAACUUGCAGAGAAAUAAGCUGGAAGGAUAUUUUGGGAGAAUGAACAUAUUUAGGUCCUUGGGAAAUUUCAGGUUUAGCAGAAGUUUCACAAAGAGGUUAAAAGAUGGGGAAGAACAGAGGCAGUCCCAGCUCUUCAGCAAUUUUUACCCAGGCAUGCAGAGGUCCAAGAGAAAUAUUCUUUACAUGAUGGUAAUUGAUACUAGUGUUACGGUUGUUGGUGCCACUUUCGGUUGGUGUUGA